AAACUGUAAUUCCCCCAUGUUUGCCCUCACUCACCUCCGUAGCGAUUUCCCCCCUUUCGAUUCCAUGGAUCAAACGCCUUCCACUCCGCAACCCACCGACCCGCCGCCGCAAACUACAACCGCCACCUCCUCCGUCACAUCCACCGCCCCAACCACCACCACCUCCACUUCAUUCGCAUCUUCAAACCCCACGCCAUCCCUAAAACCUCCUACCGCGGCACAAUCUAACAAUUCCCAAACAAGGCCGCCGUUUAAUACCCGGCCAUGGCAGCAGCCGCCCUACUCGCACUUCUCUCUCCCCUCGCCGCCCAUGCCUGCUUCUUCCGCCUCGACAUCCUCUUCGAUUUCCGCUCCGCCACCGUCUCGCCCCGGAAUGGCGAUCGGAGUCCCUGCUCAUAGCCCCUCCACAGGCCCCCCUUCGCCUGCCUCAUUCUCUUCACACACUCCUCCCGCUUACGCUCAGCAGCCUCAGAUAAGGCAGCCGGUGCAAGGAAUGGGAAUGACGGGUGCACUGGGCGCCUCAUCGUCAAUGCGUCCCGCAGGUGUGUCUUCGAAUCAGCUGAGGCCUUCACAGUCAUCUCUUAGACCGCAAUCGAGCCCAACGAACCAGUCUCCUGCUGCACAGAAUUUUCAAGGACAUGGCAUGCUCAGAGUUUCCUCACUUGGAUCUCCUGGGGUACUAUCACCGAGUAGUUCUCAAAGUCCACAGACCCAGAACCAGCCAUGGCUGUCUUCUGGAACCCAAGGAAAACCUCCUCUACCAACCCCGUCUCUUCGGCCUCAGGCAAGCCCUCAAUCAUUUCAACCGAGAUCCCACAUUACGCAGCAGCAGCACCAUCACAUGCCUACCACCCCGCAACAACAGACAAUUGGUUCCAGCCAGCAGUCUCCACAACCCUCAGCCUCAGGCCAGUCACAGGAUCAUUUUAACCAACAAUUUCCUCCUCCCCGAUCCAUUACUCAUCAACAACAGAUGAGCAGGGGACCAGGAAUUGGAACCCAAAGGCCACCUCUUGGCAUGAACGUGUCCGGUGCAUCACACCCUGGAGCCCUCAAUAAACCUGCCACUGCAGAUACUGAAGAAUCUUCCAACAGGAUUUUAAGUAAACGCAGCAUUCAGGAGCUUGUAAAUCAGAUUGAUCCAUCUGAAAAAUUGGAUACUGAAGUUGAAGACAUUCUAGUCGACAUUGCUGAGGAUUUUGUUGAAUCAAUUACAACAUUUGGUUGUUUGUUGGCGAAACACCGAAAAUCUUCCACUUUAGAAGCAAAAGACAUACUCCUGCAUCUGGGUUAGUUUUCAUGCGUACCUUAUAAGUU